AGUACUAGACAUGUUGUCACGUGGUUUUGAUGACGAAAGACUUGGGGGCGGGCCUUGUCUGCGGCGGAGCCCGGCACUUCCUGCUUCUCAGCUCUGGUCUCGCCUGAACGUCGCUCUGUCCGAUAAAAUACACCAUGUCACACCAAACGGGCAUUCAAGCGGGGAACGAUGUUAAGGAUAUCUUCGCAAGCGCCAGAGGCGGAAAUGAGUAUCGAGCCUUAAAGAUUGUCAUCGAGGACGAACAGUUAAGUCUGGGCACCACCAGGAAGGCAUCCAAGAAAUGGGACCAAGAGUACGAUUCCUUAGUGCUGCCGCUGCUCGACGAUGACGUGCCCUGUUAUAUCCUGUACCGGCUAGACUCCACCAACAAUCAGGGCUUUGAAUGGAUCCUGCUGGCUUGGUCUCCGGACCACUCUACUGUGCGACACAAAAUGUUGUAUGCUGCUACCAGAGCAACACUGAAGAAAGAAUUUGGAGGAGGCCACAUCAAGGAUGAACUAUUUGGAACCACAAAGGAGGACUUGAACCUCAGCGGCUACAGGAAAUACCUGACCUCGCAGUCUGCUCCUUUACCCCUCACUGCUGCAGAGGAGGAGCUGAGACAGAUCAAACUCAGCGAGGUGCAGACGGACAUUAGUGUGGACACCAAGCAGCAGACUCUGCAGGGAGUGGCCUUCCCUAUUGGCAAAGACGCUGCUGAGGCUCUCACACGCUUUAGGGCGAAGAAAAUCAAUUAUGUGCAACUGAAAAUAGAUGCUGAAAAAGAGAUGAUUCACUUGUGCAGCACUGAGCCAACAGAAGUGAAGGACCUGCCAAAGAGAAUCCCCAAAGAUUCUCCACGAUACCACUUCUUCCUGUACAAACAUUCCCACGAAGGAGACUAUCUGGAGUCCACAGUCUUCAUUUACUCCAUGCCCGGGUACAAAUGUAGCAUCCGAGAGAGGAUGCUCUACUCCAGCUGCAAAAACAACCUGGUUGACAUGGUGGAAAACAACCUCCAGAUUGAGAUUGAGAAAAAGUUGGAGAUCGAAGGCGGGGAGGAAUUAACGAGCGAUUUCUUGUACGAGGAGGUGCAUCCCAAGCAGCACGCGCACAAGCAGGCCUUCGCCAAACCCAAAGGGCCCGCCGGUAAGAGAGGCGGGCGCCGGAUCACCCGGCCGCCCGGCGAGGGAGAGGAGGAGGAAGACUAAAGCGACCUCAGCACCCGAGAACCACCUCCACCCCAAACCCGUUCCACAGUGGAACAGUCCUGUGAUAGGGGAAAAAUUCUAUUUGACAUGCUUUAUUUAAAAAACAAAAAAGACGAAAAAAAAAAAAAAUGACCACCUUGCUUUCUCACAGAGUUCCCCCAGAGCCAACUAUGCACGCCAAGGACAACUGAGCAAUGACACACUUCAGAAUUUCCGUUUGUAGCUAGCCAAAUGGAAGUUUGUGUUUGUCUGUAUAAUAUCACAACGAAUGAAAGUCAAAGUUGAGCCUUCUACCUUGUUGCCAGUUCUAACACUUAAAAAAAAAAAAAAAAUGUUAGUGCAACUAAUGUGAACGUGCCCCAAAACGAUAAAACUCCCAUUUUGAGUUGAAUUCCUAACUUUCAUUCCUUAAGUCUGUGCUCAUUAAUGUUUUGUGUCUUUGUAUUUUGUCUUCUACUGUUGCACAAUGAGGUGCUCCAAAGCAGAAAUGAUUAAUUGUUCCACUAGUGUCUAUUGGUUCAUUUUAAUAGUGCAUUUUAUAUUGGAAAUUUGAUUUUUUUUUUUAUAUAUAUAACUAUGGUUUACAUGGAAAAAGAAAUCAUCUGCUGAGAAACUUAUUUUUCUAUGCAAGUGCUGUAAUUGUACAUACUGUAGCUGUGUGAUGCUCUACGAUUGAAUCGGUCUGUUGUGGUUUUUGUCGACCGUCAGCCUGGAUCACAGUGGAAAUAACCGGGGCUUCCAGAAUGUCGCACCAGUACACGUAUGAUUUGGAGAACAGGAAGCUCCUCAAACUUGGAGAACGGAAUGCCAAGCUACG